GGGCGAGCGGCCGCCGCGCCCCGCCCGCCGCCACGCCGCGAAGGAGGGUCGGCGGCGAGGGAGCUCCGCCGGCGGGCGCUCGCCGGGCGCGGGGGAGCCGGGCCGUGGCGCCGGGGCGGGGGCGAGGCGGGGGGAUGCGUGCGCGGAGGCGGGGAGGCAGCGGCAGGCGUUAGCGCCUCGGCGGGGGCGGGAGCGGGGUGGGCACGGCGGAGCGCCGCGGUGCGCCGCGGGGGUGUCGCUCGGCGGGGACGCUCGGGACCGCGCCGGCUGCGGGAGGCGGCGGCGGCGAGGGAAGGCGGGCGCGGGUGGCUGCGCUCGCCGGGUAGCGCUGCUGCGGCCGCCGCGGUGGAUGCGUCCCCGCCGCGCGGCGCAUGAUUUAGAGGAGAGGAGGAGCUGGACGCGGCGGGCGCCGGAGGCAGAGGCGAGGGGGGUCCGUGCCGCCGGGGCCCGGCGUCUUUCUGCUCGCCCGCGCGCGGCGUCGGGGGAGCUGCCCGCGCCUGCCCUGCGGCGCCCGGGCGGCGGCCGGCGGGCGGAGAGCGCCCGUCUCUCCCGGGGCCGGCGCUGCGGCGGGGUGUGUGUGUGCGUGCGUUUUUAGGGGGGGUGGGGGCCGCGCCUGAGCCAGUUAGGAAGAAUGACUCUGGAGUCCAUCAUGGCGUGCUGCCUGAGCGAGGAAGCCAAGGAAGCCCGGCGGAUCAACGACGAGAUCGAGCGGCAGCUGCGCCGCGACAAGCGGGACGCCCGCCGGGAGCUGAAGCUGCUGCUGCUGGGCACGGGAGAGAGUGGCAAAAGCACGUUCAUCAAACAGAUGAGAAUCAUUCAUGGAUCAGGUUACUCUGAUGAAGACAAAAGGGGCUUUACAAAACUGGUGUACCAGAAUAUAUUUACAGCAAUGCAGGCCAUGAUCAGAGCCAUGGAUACCCUCAAAAUCCCAUACAAGUAUGAACACAAUAAGGCUCAUGCACAGUUAGUUCGAGAAGUGGAUGUAGAGAAGGUGUCAACUUUUGAGAACCCCUACGUAGAUGCAAUAAGAAGUUUAUGGAAUGACCCUGGAAUCCAGGAAUGUUACGACAGACGGCGGGAGUAUCAGUUAUCAGAUUCAACUAAAUACUAUCUUAACGACUUGGACCGCAUCGCAGAUCCGGCCUACCUGCCAACUCAGCAAGAUGUGCUUAGAGUUCGAGUCCCGACAACAGGGAUCAUUGAAUAUCCGUUCGACUUGCAAAGCGUCAUUUUCAGAAUGGUGGAUGUAGGAGGCCAGCGAUCGGAAAGAAGAAAAUGGAUACAUUGCUUUGAAAAUGUCACAUCUAUCAUGUUCCUAGUAGCUCUUAGUGAAUAUGAUCAAGUGCUUGUGGAGUCAGACAAUGAGAAUCGAAUGGAAGAAAGCAAAGCACUCUUUAGGACAAUUAUCACAUAUCCAUGGUUUCAGAAUUCUUCAGUCAUUCUGUUCUUGAAUAAAAAAGAUCUCUUAGAGGAGAAAAUUAUGUACUCCCAUCUAGUUGAUUAUUUCCCAGAGUAUGAUGGACCACAAAGGGAUGCACAAGCGGCACGAGAGUUCAUCUUGAAGAUGUUCGUAGACCUGAAUCCAGACAGUGACAAAAUUAUCUACUCCCACUUCACAUGCGCUACAGACACAGAGAAUAUCCGCUUCGUCUUUGCUGCUGUCAAGGACACGAUCCUACAGUUAAACCUGAAGGAGUACAAUCUGGUCUAACUGUGCCUAGGAGGCCCUCCGAGACCACCUUUGCGUGAUUGAAGAUAUACAAGAGGGACUGUAUUAUCUGUGAAAACAAUUUGCAUAAUACUAAUUUAUUGCCGGCCUGGACUCUGUGAAUGUCCACAGAGUUUGUAGUUAAUAUUAUGAUUUUAUUUAAACUAUAUGGAGGAAAAACAAAAGAUGCUGAAGUACAUUCACAGCACAUUUCCUCAUUUUUUAGGCAAAACCUUGUGACUCGAUGUGUUUUAAAUUCUCAGUCAUACACUCACAAAGGAUAGCAGUUUUUUGCUAUUGAAGCAAAAUCAAGCUGGUUUCCUCUUUCCCUGACCCUUUCUCUCUCCCUCCUUCCCCUGCCUUCUUAUCUUUUUAAAGGUACAAUGGCCUUUUUUUUUCCCAGUUGCAUUCCUUGGUAAAAUAUCUUCUCUUGAGCGAUUUGGUCAGGAAGAUACUAUCAUCAGAAUUUAAGACAUCAGGCAUUCUAAUUUUACAGCGUGUACUUUCUCUGAAGGAUCAGAAGUAUUGAUACUGUGAUUUUUAAAUUCUUGACAUGGGUGUUUUCAUUCUGUCUUCACUUUUGGGGCUAGAACAUUUGUGACUGCGAAGUAGAAUUACAGUUGUGUAUGGGUUUUAAGUUUAACCAUACUCUCGCAGCAUGGGAGGAUGCACAGAAGACAGUAAUGAAAUAAUUAAGACACAGACCUGGGAUGUACGUGGAAUAUGAUAGAAACUCUUUUUAAUUGCCAUGUGCCAUUUUUUUCUCUUUUCUUUUACUCACUUAUACCAAACAAAAAUGUCAUAGACACUACAAUUUCCCCAGUGGCUACAGCCUGAAACAGUGGGUUUUUUUGUUUUUUGGUUUUUGGUUUUUUCAGUUGCGUGGGUUUUUCCUUAAGUUAGAGCUUUUUUAAGUGUUUUUUUUCCACAGUAGAAAAAUUAUUUUUAUUGUAUAAAACUAAUGUUGCCAAAUCUGGCUUUUUAUAAAACCGAUACUCUUGAAGCAUAAGAUACUGAUUAAAAUGCCAAAUUGAUGGAUUGGGAACUGACCUGAUUGAGUCAACUGCCAAAUGAUAAACAAACAUAAUUUCAGCUCAUACGUUCCCUUUUUUAGAAAGUGUUCCAUUUUCUAAUGCCAAAAACAACAGUGUGAGUGAAUAUGCUACUAGGUGCACCAUGCACACGCAUAUGGUCUACUAAUUUAAAGACAGUUUAACUCUCUCCUUGUGUCAGCGAUGGCAUGAGAUUGCAUAGAAUGUUUUUUGUAAUAAUAUCGAGGCACCUUUAGUUGCACAACGUCAAAUUAUCGAUGAGCGAUAACAUUCAGGAACCUUUCUCGGUAAGGUUGCUUGUUAACUGAUCCAUAGACAUUUGAUAGGCUUUGCGCAAAAUAGCCUCUCUCAAUGGUCUUUAGAAAGAAUUAUUAAUGUAAAUGAAACGGUGAGGAAAAAAUCACUCUUGCAAUUCAAACGUGCAAUUUUUUAACAACAAAAAUACAGCACACAUUGAUGAGCCUUUAUUCUGCAGCUUAGGUUGGAAGAAGGUGUUUUUUGACCCGAUACGUGACUGCUAGCAAGCUACAGAGAGCUUAGAGGUCAGACACGUAAUUGGAUUGAUUAUCUGCAAUGCCAAGUAGAACUAGAGUGCACUUAACACAGAAAUUGCUGCCUCAUAGCAGUAGAGGGGAGGUGGAAAAAAGAAUGGCUUGUUAGUGGAGUACCAAAGUUACCAAUAAAUACUAAUGAGGCGUUUUUCAUCCUUAGCCCUCCCAACUCCAAAACAACAAUAAUAAGAACAGUUGCUAUUUUUUGCUCCCUUAUAAAACACCUUGUAAUUUAAAACUGGUUGUAGGUAUAGUGCAAUUAUGAAUGCUAUAAUCAUUGUACAUACAUCUAUAUAUAUAUAUGGCAGCAUCCAUAUUGGCUUUGUAAUCAUUAAUUUUUGGCAAAUUGAAUGUGCUGUAUUGAUAUGUAUCUAUGUAAUUGUAUUGUAUGUCUUAUAGCUAAUUCACAUUUUAAAUAAUGUUAUUUUAUUUACUUUUUUAAGAGAGAAGAAUGUAAAUUUUGUCAGUUUAUUUCUGACUAGGGAUUUGUUGUUGUUUUUUAUUUACAAAACAAAAAAACUUACUAUAGUACAGAGCGGUACUAGCAUCGUGCUGUAUAAAAUCAUUUGCACAUUCCUGAGUAGAAGUAAAUUUGAGACACCCAGAGGACCUUCACAUUCAAAACAAUGCUUAAAUCUUGUCAGGGCUUUACACAGAUGUAGAAACUGGUUUUGUUAGAACUUAUGCCAUUAUAUCUAGGAUUGGAACGUAAGCUCUUAAAUAUAAACUUAAUUUGUACUUGGCAGAUUCAUGUUAGGUUAAUUUUACCUCUCUAGUAGCCUUUUCUAGGAAAGCGAAUUUAGAGACAUUUCGAACCAUUGUGCGUAAGUACCAAUGGGUAUGUUUCCCUAAAAAUACCACGAAGAAAUACAGAACGUCAAACCAAUUAAAUAGUACUUGAGAAAAUGCAGAUCUAACAACAACAAACAAGUCACGAGCAUUAACAGUUUUAAGGAGUCGGAGCAUUUUAUUUAAUAAAGCUAAAGCAGGUAGAUGUAGGUAAUAAGAAGUGACGCUGACAUUCUCAGUAGGCGAUCAGAGCAGUUAGUCUUCUUAUAUAUGGCAUUAUAGAGUUGGUCCUGAUCUCGCUAUAAACACAACGGAGCUUCUGCUUCCACUGUUGACUCUGGGGUGCGUGAGAAGAUCCCUUCUUUUAACCCGGGAAUAGACGGGCCACCUUGGCUUUAGUGUUACAAGCAGAACUGUAACAAAAAGAAAGAGAAAGCAAAGAUGCCGGUGGUCUCUAACAAUGGUUUGGGGUUUUUUUGAUUUUGUUUUGUUACAGGAUAUUGGGGGUGGGGGGGGAUGGGGGGAGGAAAUGUGGUUUUAAGUUUUGUAUAAAAACAAAACUGAAGUUUACUCAUGCUUUAUAGUUAUAUUGUGGUUGCAAAAGUUUUCAAGAGUGUGUGCCACUGGGCUACUUCUGGUAUAUUUUAGGUAAGUUGAACCUGUGGCAAUGUUUAGAUCAUUUGAGCAUGUUCUGAAAAAAAAAAAAAAUUACUCAGCAUGCCAAGGCAAGCUUUACAUGAAUCACCUAACACAGCAUUGCAGUGUGACAGUUUACAAAAAUAUUUCCUUUUUAAAUGACACAGCUGUUCCCACUUGCAAUAUAUUCCUUUGUUGUUGUUGUUGUUGUUGUCGUCGUUGUCGUCGUCGUUGUUUUAAUUGGUGGUUUCUACUAUGCCUUAUAGUGCUUGAGUCCAGAAAUUUGUGCCUCUAACAUGAAGCUGAAGGCAAAAACAACGAGACAGAAACCCUUUUAAUUUUGCCAAAAUUAUAUGAUUUCAUUGAAUGUCAUAAAUGGGGGAGGAGGGAAGGAAAACGUCUUGGGAACCUGUGUAUUCUAAGUGUUCACUAGCACAAGAAAGCUGUAAUAUGUGUUUUACAGAAACCUUAAACUUGCCUUUUCCACAAAUUAACUGGCACUGUCCUGACAUAUAGAGGAUGAUGCAGCUAUAAGGGCAGUUUACUUUUUAUAAUUCAGACUCUUUUGAUUGUCAAGGUGUAUGAACUGUAAUUUUUAAUCAUACUGCCACAUGAUUGUGAAUCACUUUUUUAAGUUUGAAAGUGAAGAAGAGACUUUUUAUGCUGGAUAUCAGUCAGAAUUGACUGCAUGAUUUGCAAAAACUUUAAAUGGGGGGAAAAGGGCUGCCUAUAAAGACGUUGCUAGACUCCCAGCCUUUGGUUGUAAGGUGCAAAAGACUUUCAGAUUACUCGGCCUAAUGACCCUUCCCUUGUGAUGCAUUCUUCAUGAAAGAAUGAAGUAAUAGGAGAAAACAAAGACAUGUUAACCCACGUGAAAAAAUAAAAUUUACCCAAAUAAUUUAUUCUAUGUGCUGCUGUUCUUGGAGCUCUGUGCAUGGUUAUCUUGCAUACUAUUACAUUUAGUAAACUAAUGAAGUGUGCACAGUACAUUAACAAGGCCUACAAAUGACCUACCUCUAAUGAAGAAACCAGUAAAGUAGAUGUGUUUUGGAGAUAUGUCAUGAAGUUAGGAAAUUAAAAUGGCCUGGUGUAGGUGAUUAACUAUUUUAGACAUUAACGCUUUUGUAAAUACAGUCUUUUUUUUUUUUUUUUUUUACAUAAACCAUAAAUUCUAAUAUUUAGUAUGCAUUAAACAACUAAGGUCAUCUGUCCCUGUCCAAUGUUUUGUAGUAGAGAUUUUGCAAAACCGUAUGUUUUAGUUUGGUAAGAGGAGCCACUGGAUCUCCUCUUCUUUUGGGCUUUUAUUUACCCAUAAUAUUUUGAGUUGUGUCAAUCAAAAAAGAAACGUUUUCAUGUAAUCAAUCACCCAUUGAGGCUUAUUAUUUAGCUAGCUAAAGGGAUUUUACUGUAACUUUCACUCACGCUUUUUCACAGUAGCCAUGCUGCAGAGAAAGGAGGAGUAAAGGGGUUAUUCGGGCAAAGUUGAUACUGGAGAUAGUGUCAAAAACACAAGAUAAAAGUCAGCCAGAUCAAACUUACUGUAAAGCUGUUUAUUUUCUCUCUCUCAAAAGAUAGUCUAAGCUGAAGUCUGUUGCUGGAUUCCUCAUUUACCAUGCUGCAGGAAAUCCUUACUUGACCAAUAUAUUUAGGGGGGGUUGUCAGAUACAUUUAUAAACUUGCAGUAUUUAAAAAAUAAAGAUCAUAUUUGCUGUUCUUAAAAUGUCAUUUAAAUGCAUGUAUUGUCUGUUGUUUUGGGACAUAAAUAGUUUUUUGGGGGAAAAAAAAGUUGUAUAAAUACUGCCCGUCAAAAAUCUUGCUGGUUAAAAAUGCAGUGUUUUUGGCCAUAACUUUGUACUAUAGUAUCUUUGUUCCUUGAAAUUUAACUUUUCUGCAAUAUAUUUGGACUUACUGCUCUCCUGGAA